AUGGACGGGUUCUCGAGCUUCUUCGGCCAGCCAUACUCCGGGACGGAUCCACAGGAGACCAUGGACGGCUACACGCAGGAUGACAGUAUGGGUGGCAUGGAUCCCAGUGGCAUGGACGCCUCAGCUUUGGGCCAGGCGCAAACCCUGGAGCAGAUCAUCAUUCAAAAUCAUGAUGAAUUGAUGCGUCGAAGAAACACAUAUCAGUCCCAGUAUCGACAAGGCUCGCACGAUCAUGGCCGCAGAGCGUCGAUGCUCGAGUUUUCUUCCGCCAUAGACAGUGACUUGGCCAAUUUUCAAUUCGAUCCGAACCCCAACGAACCCAGCAUGUCCAUGGGCCCGCCCAAUGUCAUGUCGAUGCCGAAAGCCCUCGAUCCACGAAGAGUCCGUUCUAGGGAGGAUCUGUCCCUGAAUACCCGUUUCUCCCAAAUGAAUACCAAUUUUGACCAGAUGCCGGCUGUCAACAGCUUCUCUCCUGUGAUGGUUCCGAGCACCUCCGUUCCUCUCGAAACAUCUGCCGCCUACAUUGCGCCGGGUAUGGACAUGGCAAUGGAUUUUGACAGUCUAGCUGGAGGCACAAGUGCUCCAGGCAUGCAAUCAGGCCCAAUGCAAGAGGCUCUCUUCUCAGCCUCACCAAUUGAACAAGGCUUUUCAAUCUCUUAUCAACCCGUCAGCCAUGAUCCAGGCGGUGGCUCCAUGAGCCCAGCCGUUCCCAACCCGAUGGCAGCAAUGGCUCAAGGCAUGACCUCCAUGCACGAACCUUUCCCGGGCCCAUCUCAUCAUCACCGACGGCAAACCUCCAUUGCACCCAUGAUACCGAGCUCUCUCUCCACCAUGGCUUCUCCGAUACAUAUACAGGAUCACGCAAACAGAAGACACUCUAUAGAUAAUCAGUUAGGCUUUCCAGCGAAAGAUGCUAAUCAAACUCUGAGGGCAAUGAACCCUCCGGCUCUGCCACAUAUGCCGCCGGUACCAGGUGGGCCGUUGCAACAUCCCAAAUAUCCCAAUGCCUAUUCCUCUAGCGGGUUCGACAUGCUAGGAGUUCUUAUGCGCGUUGCGACUAGAGCACGACCCGAAAUCAAUAUUGGCCCCGUUGAUUUAUCCUGUGCCUUUGUCGUUUGUGAUAUUGAGAAAUACGAUCUGCCAAUAGUUUAUUGUUCAGAAAUGUUUGAACGACUGACAGGCUAUACGAAACACGAAGUCCUCGGUCGAAAUUGUCGCUUCCUCCAGUCGCCAGAUGGCAGAGUGCAGUCGGGACUCAAGCGAAAAUAUGUAGACAACAACUCGGUCCUCUAUCUCAAGAACCAAAUUUCCAAAAGGGCGGAAGCGCAACUGAGUCUGAUCAAUUAUCGGAAAGGCGGGCAGCCGUUCAUGAACCUCUUGACCAUGAUUCCGAUUCAAUUUGAUUCUGAAGAUUAUAAGUUUUACGUGGGUUUUCAAGUCGACCUUGUCGAGCAACCAAAUUCGGUAUCCGGAAAGAAUCCAGAUGGUACUUAUGAGAUCAACUACAACCGAAGCUCGCUGCCAGCCUAUCAUCUACCUGCUCCUCCUGAUCCAAGUCAAACGCUGCAAGACAUAGGCCAGACAAUCUCCCCGGACGAGGUGUCCAAGCUCUUGUCCACUCUUGGGCGUGGUGACUUGGAAGUGUCAAAACGCGUCCGGGACAAGGUGCUACUGGAAUACAACGAUGAUGUUUUGCAUGUCCUCUCACUGAAGGGACUGUUCCUCUACAUAUCUCCCGCAAGCCGAAGAGUCCUAGAGUACGAUCCCGCUGAGCUUGUUGGCGUAAACUUAUCCUCGAUAUGUCAUCCGAGCGACAUAAUCGCAGUUACCAGAGAGUUGAAAGACACGCCGCCUGGAGAGCCGAUGAGCGUGAUUUACCGGGUCCGCAGGAAGUUCAGCGGGUACACCUGGUUUGAGGCGCACGGCACUCUCUACGUUGAGCAGGGAAAGGGCAGGAAGUUCAUGAUUCUUUCGGGACGAGAGCGACCAGUCUAUGCCUUGGAUCGGGCUGACCUCUUGACGGAUGGCAACCUUGGCGAGAGUGAGCUGUGGUCCAAGAUGUCGACGGCGGGAAUGUUCUUGCAUGUGUCCUCCUCUUCUCGAGUCAUGCUGGACCGACUCCCUGAAGACCUUGUCGGGACCAGUUUGCAGGCGUUGAUGAGACCAGACUCGAAAAAGGAAUUCCUACGUUUGCUUGAAGUCGCAAGAACAGGCGAGAAAGUGACCUUCAGACAUGACCUCCAGAAUCGACGAGGCCAGGUUCUGCACGCGCAAACGACAAUCUAUCCCGGUGAUGCUCGGUUAGGCACCAAACCCACCUUUUUGCUUGCGCAGACCCGCCUGCUGAAGAUGACGCGUGCUGCACUCCUGAACCAGAGGUCAGUGUCAGCAACAUCGUCGAGAACAGACCGGGCAUCGGCAGGGUCUGCAACCCCAACGUCACGUCCGUCAGUCCGAUCGUCUAGCAAUACCCUAGAUGGAUCUAGCAGGAAUUCUGUCGAACACCCCGGCUCUCUACAAUCAACAGUCACUCUCCCAUUGAGUCUAGGCAACCAAGACGAGGCGCUGGCCUCGGAGGACAACAUCUUUGACGAACUGAAAACCACCCGAAGCUCCAGUUGGCAGUACGAACUUAGGAAGAUUCGGAAUGAAAAUCGGACAUUGGCUGAAGCCCUACAAGCACUGCUAAGUCGCAAAAAGAAGCGCAAGAGGAGAAAGGGGCUCGGCCAGGUUGAAAAGGAUUGUGCCAACUGUCACACGCGAGUUACACCGGAAUGGAGACGGGGUCCAAGCGGCAACCGUGAUCUGUGCAACAGCUGUGGUCUCCGAUGGGCCAAACAGAACGGACGAGUAUCACCUCGCAAACCUUCGGGUCAAAGUGACAAAAGCUCCAAAUCUCCGGCCCAGACUAGGCCGACCACCAAGCCGGAGGCUCAGAAUGGUGGAGGCUCCGAGACAAUCAAUGGCGGCCAUACCCAAUCGAUCGGGACCUCAUCCGGUACGCCCAAGCGGGAAGAGAAUGCAGAUGAAUGGAAAGGACAGAUGCCUCCGAAAAUUGAAGAAGGCGAUGAACCUCCACAUCCGAGUAUUCUGCCGACAUGA